ACAGCUGCCGAAGGAUCAGUUCGAUAACUGCUUCAGUCAACAACUAAAAUCACUCCGCCAUCACAAACCACCAUGAAGAUCAUUUCCAAUUUGAUUGUGUUGGCCGCUCUGAUUGCCGCAUCAGUUACCGCAUCCUACAACAAGUCAUCUUCUACUACCUACGCCGAACCGGAUUCUUCCGAGCCAGUUUCAUCUGAAAUGAAUACAUAUUCCGCAUCCAACUACUCUGCUCCGGCUUACCCCGCAUCGGAGGAAGAAUCAUUUCACGGGAAUGAAGAGAAAGAAAAUGAUGUUGAGGCCGAAUACGAAAGUGAAACCCAAUCCGCCAAAUACUACAAGGAGCCGGAGUCUACUACUACCAUCUCUUACACCAGCAGCACUCCGGCCUAUAAGAAGCCGGAAUAUGUAGCUGCCCCGCCAACAGCAUCCUACUCCGCACCGGUUUAUUCCGCCCCGGUUUAUUCCGCCCCGGUUUAUUCCGCCCCAGUUUAUUCCGCCCCGGCUGAAGUGGUUCCUUCAACCACCAUGGCUGUUCCCAUCUACCGAUCCCCUGCUGUUUUACCUUACUGGCUGCGCUCGCAACAACCGAACCGUUCGUCCAGCGUCAAGAAAAUCGCCACCGUUUAAAACGCCUAUUAUCAUCCUGAACGUCAAACAUGUGCUAUUUAACUUAUAUAUGACCAAAUUAUUAUUUAAGACAUUUUACAGCUAAAAUUAAAUACAAGAACCAUUUAUUUAAA